AUGAAGGAACGAGCAAUCCAAACAUUGGGCUACUUUCCAGUUGGAGAUGGAGAUUUUCCUCACCAGAAGCUCAUUUUGCAAGGACUCAUGGAUUCUGUUGAGGCAAAGCAAAUAGAACUUCAGUUUACUGUUGGUGAAGCCAUUACCAGUGCUGCAAUUGGCACAAGUUCAGUGGCUGCUCGUGAUGCCUGGCUGGUCACUGAAGAAGAGUAUGCGCCUCUUUCUGUAGAGGCCAAAGUGAAUGAUGUGGUUCCAUGGGUACUGGACAUGAUUUUAAAUAAGCACAUUAUCAGUCCUGUCCCCCAUGUGAGGCAGGCUGCCUGCAUCUGGCUCCUUUCCCUAGUGAAGAAACUGAGUACCCAUAAAGAAAUCAAGUCUCAUCUCAAGGAGAUUCAAAGUGCAUUUGUUUCAAUUCUGUCAGAUAAUGAUG